AUGAAAUGACUCGGUCGUGUGGACAGACUUGUCGAUGAAGCCAACGCUCACUGUCUCCCGAAAAAAUAUUGCACUGAGCCCUCGCGAAAGGAUGACGCGAGGGAGGUUUGGUUCAAUCCGCACACACUGUACGUGAGAUGAAAGUUAACUGAUGAGAGUCCUGUCUUGAAGCAUACCACCGGCAUUCAAACACCGAAUGGAAACGUGAAGAGUCUUUUGAAAUGUGCAAUUGGGGUUGCGAGUUUAGAAAACACGUAGGCUAAAUGUCCAUUGAUCAAAUGAGAGAACUGUUUCAGCGUGAUACAUGAGAAUCAAAAUUGUCGCAUCCUCAACGUUUUUUUCUCGGUAUAUGGACAUUGCGCGCAUCACAGCUGACUGUGCCAUUGUGGGGCAUUUUCCAACCCCAAAGGAAGGACACUGAAUUCAGCAGAUCCUUUAUUCAUUCAACACACUAGACACAUCAUGACUGAGACUUUCUACUCCUCAAGGAUAAUGUGAAGACCAUUGUUGCGGAUAUCAACUAGAGUGCAGCCUGACUGAGAACAGUCUUAUUCAUUCCUGCCCUACAGCACUAGACAUUUAGUCUGGACUUGCCAUCUCUUAGAAGUCCUAUGGGGAUGGGGACGUGUUUGGAUAUAGGAUGCAUUUACAGCGGAGGUACUAAGGGGCAGUCAUGGUCCCUGACGUGGUGGCUGUUGGUCUUGAUGCCCAUCUCCCAAGCAAUGUGCCAAGGCCAGUCCCAGUCCCUCAACACCUUCCAGUCAGAGAGAAGGGAAUGGACCCUGAACCACCUGAUUGUGCACAAGACCACUGGCGCUCUCUAUGUUGGUGCUGUGAACCGGAUCUACAAGCUAUCUGCCAACCUGACCCUCCUGGUCUCCCAUGACACAGGACCUGAGUACGACAACAAGGCCUGCUACCCUCCUCUUAUAGUGCAGCCCUGCUCUGAGCCCCUGGCCUCCACUGACAACAUCAACAAACUGUUGCUCAUAGACUACUCCCACAACCGCCUGCUGGCCUGUGGCAGCCUCUACCAAGGCGUCUGUAAACUAAUGCGACAGGACGACCUGUUUAUCCUGGUGGAGCCCACCCACAAGAAAGAGCACUACCUCUCCAGUGUCAACCAAACAGGCACCAUGUAUGGGGUCAUUGUGCCCUCCUCUCAGGGCCAGGACGGCACCCUGUUCAUCGGCACAGCCGUGGGUGGGAAGCAGGACUACUUCCCUACCAUCUCCAGUCGUAAGCUGCCCCGUGACCCAGAGUCAUCUGCCAUGCUGGACUACGAGCUCCACACUGACUUUGUAUCCUCUCUCAUUAAGAUCCCCUCUGACACGCUAGCUCUGGUGCCACGGUUUGACAUCUACUACAUCUACGGCUUCGCCAGUGGGAACUUUGUCUACUUCCUGACCGUGCAGCCAGAAACCCCAGAGAAUGGGAUGCCUGCUGGCAGUUCCCCAGGUGACCUGUUCUACACAAGUCGCAUCAUACGCCUCUGCAAAGGGGACAAGAAGUUCCACUCUUAUGUGUCUCUGCCAGUGGGCUGUGUACACAAGAGAGAGGAGUAUCGACUCCUACAGGGCGCCCACCUGUCCAAGGCAGGGAAAGUACUGGCCAGGUCCCUCAACAUCAGUGCCCAGGAUGACGUCAUCUUUGCUGUGUUCACCAAGGGCCAGAAGCAGUACCAUGAGCCCCUGGACAACUCAGCCCUGUGUAUCUUUACCAUACGAGACAUUAACGCCCGCAUCAAAGAGCGCCUGCAAUCCUGCUACCAGGGAGAGGGCAACCUGGAACUACAUUGGCUGCUGGGAAAGGAUGUGCAGUGCACCAAGGCGCCUGUGCCUAUCGAUGAUCACUUCUGUGGGCUGGACAUCAACCAGCCCCUUGGGGGCUCCCAGCUAGUAUCUGGCCUGACUGUGUACACUGAGACCAGGGACAGGCUGACCUCGGUCAUCUCUUACGUCUAUAACGGCUACAGCGUGGCCUUCCUCGGCACCAGGAGUGGCAGACUGAAGAAGAUCCGAGUGGAUGGGCCUCCUGAGGGCGGGGGGCAGUAUGAGACCCUGACCGUGAUGACAGAUGGCAGUCCUAUCCUCCGAGACAUGGCCUUCACUCUGGACCGCAACUCUCUCUACGUCAUGUCUGACAGUCUGGUGACCAAGAUCCCAGUGGAGGCAUGUGAGCAAUAUGGGACCUGCGGAGAGUGUCUGAGCUCUGAGGAUCCUCAUUGUGGCUGGUGUGUCUUGCUCAACAUGUGUGCAAGAAGAGACCGGUGUCAGAGAGCAGAGGAGCCUUUCCGGUUCGCCACUGAUAUCGAACGUUGUGUGAAAAUUAUCGCUCACCCAGACAGCAUUGCCGUGUCAGCACACAGUGUGCCCCUCCUGUUGGAGGUGAGCAACGUGCCAGACCUCUCAGCUGGGAUCAGCUGUGCCUUUGGAGAGCAGGCGGAGAUGGAGGGUCAUGUCAACGGCAACAGAGUCAUGUGUCUGUCCCCGUCUGGCAAGGAGGUCCCACACAUACCUGAAGGACAAGAUUGGUUGAGUGUGGAGCUGCGUUUGAACUCUAAGGAGACAGGUCAAAUGCUGGGCAGUGCAGAGGUCAAGUUCUAUAACUGCAGCGUGCAUCACACGUGUCUGUCCUGUGUGAACAGUACCUUCCGCUGCCACUGGUGUAAAUACCGCAACCUGUGUACUCACAACCCUUCCAGCUGCUCCUUUCAGGAGGGCCGGGUCAAUGCCUCAGAGGACUGCCCCCAGCUGCUGCACUCUGGAGAGAUCCUGAUCCCAGCAGGGGAGGUGAGACCCAUCACCUUGAGGGCCCGGAACCUUCCCCAACCCCAGUCUGGCCAGCGGGGUUACGAGUGUGUGCUCCACGUCCAGGGAAACAACCACCGCGUCACUGCCCUGCGCUUUAACAGCUCCAGCGUGCAGUGUCAGAACAGCUCGUACAUCUAUGAGGGUGUAAGGAUCAGUGACCUGGCGGUGGAACUUUCUAUCGUUUGGAACGGCAAUUUCAUCAUCGACAAUCCCGAGAAGAUUAAAGUGCACCUGUAUAAGUGUGGUGCCCAGCGGGACAGUUGUGGCAUGUGUCUGAGGGCCGAGAGGAAGUUCCAGUGUGGCUGGUGCAGUGGAGAAGGCCGUUGCACCAUGAAGCAGCACUGCUCACCCAUCAGCCCCUACGCCAGCCGCUGGCUCAACCUGUCCGCCAGGAAUGUCAGGUGUACCAACCCACGCAUCACCGAGGUGAGCCCAGUGGCAGGGCCUCCAGAGGGGGGAACACUGGUCACCAUACAGGGAAUGAACCUGGGCCUGUCCUUCUCAGAACUGUUGGGGAACGUGGAGGUGGCAGGGGUACAUUGCACUCCACAGGAAGAGGGCUACAUCACUGCAGAACAGAUUGUGUGUGAGAUGGACUCUACGUCUCAGGGAAGGGCACCUGGUCCAGUCCAGCUGUGUGUUGGUGAAUGUAGACCAGAACUACGAACUCAGUCCUCCCAGCUCUACUCCUUUGUGACCUCUAACCUGGUGGGACUGACCCCUGGCCGAGGGCCUGAGUCUGGUGGCACUAAGGUCACCAUCGUGGGGGAGAACCUGGGUGCUGGUAGCAGAGUGAAUGUUACCUUUGGAAACCAGACCUGUGAGCUGUACAGACGGACCAUGUCGGAGAUUGUGUGUUUCUCGGCACCCUCUGUGACGGGCGCUGGCCUGGUGCAGAUCAGCCUCAUUGUGGAUCUGGCCAAGGUGCCAGGAAACCUCAGCUUUGAGUACAUUGAAGAUCCCACAGUCCAGCGCAUCGAGCCAGAGUGGAGCAUCACUAGUGGACACACUACCCUGAUGGUGACGGGGACCAACCUAGAUGUGGUGCAGGAGCCGAGGGUCAGGGUCAAGUACGCCGGUCAGGAGUCUGUCAACGUAUGUAAGGUGGUCAACACCACCACGAUAAGCUGCUUUGCUCCCUCCCUGAAGGCAGAGUACACACCGGAGCAGGAGUCAGUGAAACACGUGGAGGAGUUUGGUUUUGUCUUCAACAACGUGCAGGCCCUGCUCACCUACAACAGCACCAGUUUCAUCUACUACCCCAACCCUUACCUAGAGCCCCUCAGCUUGUCUGGGGUGCUAGAGCAGAAACCUGGCUCCCCCAUCAUACUCAAGGGGCGUAACCUGGUGCCCUCGGCAUCUGGAGGGGCCAGGUUGAACUACACUGUGCUGAUCGGGGACACACCCUGCUCCCUCACCGUCUCUGACACACAGCUCCUCUGUGAGCCACCCAACCUCACAGGCCGGCACAAAGUGCUGGUCCAGGUGGGUGGUCUCCACAUCUCUCCUGGUGCAGUCCACAUCCGCUCAGACAGCCUGCUCACCCUCCCCGCCAUCUUCAGCAUCACGGCUGGAGGAGGCCUGCUGCUCAUCAUCGUCUUCAUCGUCCUAUUGGCCUACAGACGCAAGUCACACGAGAAUGACCUCACUCUCAAACGCCUGCAGAUGCAGAUGGACAACCUGGAGUCGCGAGUGGCUCUGGAGUGCAAGGAAGCUUUCGCUGAGCUGCAGACUGACAUCAACGAGCUGACCAGUGACCUGGACAGGGCUGGGAUCCCCCACCUGGACUACCGCACCUAUACCAUGAGGGUCCUCUUCCCUGGCUUCGAUGACCAUCCUGUACUCAGGGAGCUGGAGGUGUCUGGGAGCGGGCAGCAGGGUGUGGAGAAGGCUCUGAAGCAAUUUGCCCAGCUGGUGAAUAACAAAGUGUUCCUGCUGACAUUUAUCCGUACUCUGGAACUCCAGCGCUCCUUCUCCAUGCGUGACCGCGGCUAUGUGGCCUCGCUCAUCAUGACCGCGCUGCAGGGCCGCCUGGAGUACGCCACAGACGUGCUCAAACACCUCCUCUCUGACCUCAUCGAGCGCAACCUGGAGAGCAAGAACCACCCUAAACUACUGCUGCGCAGAACCGAGUCAGUUGCAGAGAAGAUGCUGACUAAUUGGUUUGCCUUCCUACUUCACAAAUUCCUUAAGGAGUGUGCAGGUGAGCCUCUCUUCAUGCUCUACUGUGCCAUCAAGCAGCAGAUGGAGAAGGGACCUAUCGACUGCAUCACCGGGGAGGCGCGCUACUCCCUCAGUGAAGACAAACUCAUCCGCCAGCAGAUUGACUACAAGACCCUGACUCUGAGCUGUGUGAACCCAGACAACGAGAACAGCCCUGAGUUCCCCGUCAAGGUGCUCAACUGUGACACCAUCACCCAGGUGAAGGAGAAGAUUCUGGAUGCUGUCUGUAGGAACAUGCACUUCUCCCAGAGGCCUCGGGCUGCGGACAUGGACCUGGAAUGGCGCCAGGGGAGGACGGCACGUGUCGUCCUGCAGGAUGAAGACAUCACCACUAAGAUUGAAGGAGACUGGAAGAGACUAAACACCCUCAUGCAUUAUCAGGUGUCAGACCACUGUGUGGUGGCCCUGGUGCCCAAGCAGAUGUCCUCGUACAACCUGCCCUCCUCAGCCAGCUUCCCACGCAGCAUCAGUAGAUACGAUGUACCGUUCCGCUCCACCCCCACCAGUCCUGACAGCCCUCACUCCCGCGUGCCCAUGCUCACCCCGGACAUGGAGAGCGGGGUGAAGGUGUGGCACCUGGUCAAGAACCACGACCAUGGGGACCAGAAGGAGGGUGAGCGCGGCUCCAAGAUGGUGUCCGAGAUAUACCUGACCAGGCUACUGGCUACUAAGGGCACACUGCAGAAGUUUGUGGAUGACCUGUUUGAGACGUUGUUCAGCACUGUGUGCCGGGGCAGUGCUCUUCCGCUCGCCAUCAAGUACAUGUUUGACUUCUUGGACGAGCAGGCUGACAAGCACGGCAUCCAUGACAUGGAUGUUCGCCACACAUGGAAAAGCAACUGCCUGCCUCUGCGCUUCUGGGUGAACGUGAUCAAGAACCCGCAGUUUGUGUUUGACAUCCAUAAAAGCAGCAUCACAGACGCCUGUCUGUCUGUGGUGGCCCAGACCUUCAUGGACUCCUGCUCUACCUCAGAACAUCGCCUGGGCAAGGACUCCCCCUCCACCAAGCUACUCUACGCCAAGGACAUCCCCAACUACAAGAGCUGGGUGGAGAGGUACUACGCGGACAUAAACCGCCUACCUGCCAUCAGUGACCAGGAUAUGAAUGCCUACCUGGCCGAGCAGGCCCGUCUUCACUCCAAUGAGUUCAAUGUGCUGUGUGCCCUGCACGAGAUGUAUGCCUACGUCGGCAAGUACAGCCAAGAGAUCAUUGGGGCCCUGGAGCAGGAUGAUCAGGCCCAGAAGCAGAGGCUGGCCUACAAAGUGGAGCAGAUCAUCUCAGCCAUGUCUGUGGAGAGCUGAGGCAGACGUGUGUACUCAGAGACACACAGACAGACAGACAAGGCCCAGGACACAGGGCACAUGCUACCAGCAGAGCAAGUAACCCCACAAGCAGUAGGUGAAGGAAACUGAACAACAGAAUAACUCAGCCCGAGUGCUCAACAAGGGAAAAGCACAGAUAUACAAGCAAAUUCACCAAGCACUGCUGUCCUCUCUCUGUCGGCUGCAGUGAGGCCACAUGUGGAGGUGUAAGGGAUGAGCAGGCAACGAGAGACUACUAAACAGUACCACAGAAACUAAAUACAUGCAUAUCAUAGCCUUGGCCUUGGACUGACAUUUCCUUUUCAGUGGACAAGUCUAAUGUUGCAUCAUAAAGCCUUCAGGAAGCCUUAUGAAGGCUCCUUGAAGGUUUCAGUUAAUGAACUCUGCGAUUAGGUGACAUUAAAAUGUAAUCUCCAGAUCAUCCAAGGUAGCAAAAUAUUUUUGUUUGGUUACCGCCCUGCCAGACACUCAAUUUACCAGACACACUCUAUCAUAAAAACCCACACAAAGCUCUUAUUACAGGGGGGGGGUUCAAUUCUAUUAUGGCGUACUUUGGGCUGGAUUCAAUCAAAUCUGCCUUAGUAAUGUUUACACAGUAACUCUGCCUACUGCCUGUGCAAACAUGUGCCUAAAUCUGGGAACAGGAUGCAUUGUGAGGGGAGGUAAUCUGGUGCCCAAAACCUUCUAUGAGUCUAUUUUAAUUUAUUUAUGCUGUUGUGUACAUACUGCAGUCCAGAUUUAAUUGAAUUAAGACAGAAUUCAGUACAUUUGUAAAGAAAACAAAUCUGAAUAGAAAACCAUUCCAAAUAUACCCCUUAUUUAAAAUGAUCACUUGCUCUUAGUCCUAAAAGUUUCUCAUGUUUCAUACUAUGUAAAAUGCCCUGUAGCCAAAGUAGAAAUUAUAUUUAGAAAAGUUUAACAAGGUGGUCUUAAGUUAUUAAGGCACUCUGGGGAUGACAGAAAUGAGGGAAGUGGGUUUCUAGACCAUUUAUUUAACCAACUGUAUAUUAGCAGUGACCCAAAGUAGCUUUGGGAAUCAUUCCUUAGAGUUGGAAGAUUAAUGACACUUCCUGUGGGUCAGAUCAGUUUCCUCCUGGUUUAUGAGACCCCUCAGCCAUCAGUGAAUGUUUACAUUGAACAUGAUACUUGAAUUUCAGUAGAUCAUUGUGUUAUACUUUCAGAGAAUCCUCAGGUUUCUACAUAGCAUACUUUCAAAGGUGGAAACUCAAUCUUUUAAAAAGAUUUAACCUUUAUUUAACUAGGCAAGUCAGUUAAGAACAAAUUCUUAUUUUCAAUGACAGUGGGUUAACUGCCUUGUUCAGGGGCAGAACAACAGAACCUUGUCUGCUUGGGGAUUUGAACUUGCAACCUUUCGGUUACUAGCCCAACACGCUAACCACUAGGCUAUCCUACCACCCCAAGAUUUCUGUUGUAUCAAGUAGACUGUACCUUUCUUUCUAUGUCCCAUUAACAUUUUUAAAAUAUGAGGUCAAGAUGAGAGAAUAGCCUUUUAAAUGGUUUGAAUUUAACAUAUUCAAAUGACAAAUUAUUUUUGCUGCUGCAUUCACUGAGUGUCAUCUUAAAGAUUAUCAUUCUAAAACUAGACUCUCCAUAGGAUUGCUUUAAUUCAGGGUUUCUGUUUGAUAUGUUUAUCUGCACUGAAAUCAUUCAUUACCCUCUUGAUGAUUUCUCCAUUAUUCUACAGUAAUUUUGACCAGUUACUUGUCCUGGGCCCGGUUUCCCAAAAGCAUAGUUCAUCGUUAGACCCUUCUUCGUAGGAACAUUAUUACAUCUCCAAGCUGUUUCCCAAAACCAUCGUUAUUGACGUAGCACUUGGAAACAAUCGUAAUCUAAUGCCUGUCUCAGACAAUUCGUAGAACAGCUAAGUGCGUCCUUAGAUGCUUUUUGCCUCCCGCGUCCCAUUAUACACAGAGGAUAUCCACUAACAUUAGAAUCACAUGGUUUAUCCGUUUCUGUGCCCGCCAAUAACUUCAGAACAAAGCUGACUACAAAUCCAAAGUUACCAAUGUCUUUGCAAUUGAUACAAACAUGCAACGUAUAAAAAUAUGCUUCAAAUGAAAACUGAGAUGAGUACAUUAAAAUAUAAACAGUAGGCUAUAGGCCUGUUUCAUUCAUAUAGAAAUACAUUUAAUGUUACAUUUUUUUUAUUUCACCUUUAUUUAUCCAGGUAGGCCAGUUGAGAACAAGUUGUCAUUUACAACUGCGACCUGGCCAAGAUAAGCAAAGCAGUGCGAGACAAACAACAACACAGAGUUAUACAUGAAAUAAACAAACGUACAGUCAAUAACACAAUAGAAAAAUAUAUAUACAGUGUGUGCAAAUGAGGUAAGAUUAGGGAGGUAAGGCAACAAAUAGGCCGUAGUGGUGAAGUAAUUACAAUUGAGCAAUUAAACACUGGAGUGAUAGAUGUGCAGAAGAUGAAUGUGCAAGUAUAGAUACUGGGGUGCAAAGGAGCAAAAAAUAAAUACAUUUAAAAAAGAACAAUAUGGGGAUGAGGUAGUUGGAUGUGCUAUUUACAGAUGGCCUAUGUACAGGUGCAGUGAGCUGCUCUGACAGCUGAUGCUUAAAGUUAGUGAGGGAGAUAUGAGUUUCCAGCUUCAGUGAUUUUUGCAAUGUUCAAUCAAUUGAGUUCUAUUUUGCUAGUUGUAGGCUACUGUCUGUAUUUGUCUCUAUAUAUUUAAUGCUGUGUAGCAUAACGUACACAUUGAUAUGCCAAAUCGGUGAUUUAGUGCAUUUUCAUAAAUGUAAUUUGGUAAGCGUUAUAAUAAUAUUUGCAGCCAUAGGUGGUAAUAUCUCUCUAGAAACUGAUCCGUCAUCAGUAUUGUUAAAUAAUUAUAAUGUUAAGGAAAGAUUUGCAUGGAGAAAGCUGAUCUGAGAGCCUAUCAGUAAUGGGAAACGCAUGUUAUAUCUUUGGCAGUUGUAGGAAAGAUGCCUUAUUAAAACACUCUUAAGCCUAAAUUCCAUCGCUAUCGGGAAACCGGGCCCUGGUCAUUUUGGUCAACAUUGGAGGGCACUCCACAAAUAGAUAUUCGUAAAAGAGUUUAAAAAAAGUAACAAUUAAAUCAAAAUAAGAAAAUCCAUGUCCUGUUUAAGUGUUAAAUGUUUCAUGUGUGACGUUUUUAUGAUGAUAAUUUAUAAAUGUGUGGUGCAAUAAACUGUAAUACAUUUUACCAUUGAACCUUUUUUAAAUGAUAAAUUAUUGUAUAAAUAUUGUACAUACAAAACAUUACUAUUUUGCAAGCAAACGAUUCACUUUGUACUGUUGCUAUACAUUAAAAUGUCAACUGAUGGAAA